AUGGUGGACCCAUCUGCAGAGAGUGCAUUUCUCCAGAGUGCCAGAGCUUUCAUUGUGCUUUUUCAAGGACGUUUCCAGGUUCAGGCUGUUUUAUGCAGAUGGAAAGUUCUCUUUGCUUUGCAGAUGGACCUGAACAGGGACUAUUAUGAGUGUUUUUGUGUGGGUUAGCCAUUUUUAUAUAAACUAGCCUUCUAGUCAGGGGUUAAAGUUAUUUUUAUUUAUUAUUGUUUUUAUUACAUUUUUUCAUUUUUGUUGAUAAGGACUGUAAUUGGUCAAACUCUCAGUUUAAUCCAUGCAGAAAAUGAUCCUCUUUCCAUAAAAGCAUGAUGGUCAUUAUUUUUUUUACAUGAAAGUGGAGGUUAACUUGGCCCCGAAGACAAUCGAUCUGAAAUCGACUUAAGUUUCAGUCAUGUUUUUUGUUGUUGCUUUAACCCCUCCUUCUAGUGCAUGGCUCCCCAACUGGCGGCCCGUGGGCCGUAUAUAGAGUUGAUGAUUGCCUCACCGGUUAGACCUAGGUGUUAGGGUUGAGAUAAGCUACAGCACCAAAUGAAAAUGUGGCCCAUAGGCUGUUCGUUUCCAUGUCUAUAUUAGCUGGAUAAUCCCGCUGUUGGAGCCACUUGAACAUGAUGAUGGUAAAAUAAGGAAUCACAUUCUUCCGAGGAAAUGAUCGUGCCCAGAGGCCGAUCAUGGAUGUUUAGGAAAGAGCUGGCAUUGUUUGUUUGGUAGUGAGACUGGCUGCUCCCUGGCCCUGCCUCUUGUGUUGGGGCAGAGACAGAGUGCGAUUGCUUUGCAGCAUGUGGAGUGGACAGGCCUGGCUGCUGCCUCUGCUCUGUUCUCAUAAAAAGUUCAGCUGUUGUGGUGAGAUUGAUCUUUGUAAUCCCCACUGUUAUGUAUCCACUGGGGGCUGAGGUGUCAAGAAUCCUCACUGAUGGCUUUCGUUGGUCUCUCCCUGCGCCUCCACAUUCUGCUGUCUUUUUAGGAAUGCCUUUGGAUUACCAGUGCUGCAUAUUUAUUUUCAACACGCCAAUGUCCAAUACACACAACCACUUAGGACUACUUCCACACUACAUCCUUGAGAUCUAAUAAGAAGUAUGUAGGCUACUUGUUGUAUGUCAAGCGUUGACUUGGCCUUAUUUCUAGAUGCAGCGUUUCUGUGAUUGUGGCAUUUCUAUAGCAUAGGCCUAGUUCUCCUCUACCUUUAGGGAGUGAUAUUGUGUUCUUAUGUUCCUCUGUAGGUCACACUUCUCCUCUUUCAGUUUUGACCUGUGAUUCAGGGAAGAAAAGAAAGAAAGACUGAGGCACACAUGGCCUUAUGGGAGAAUUAGGCUAUGACUUGUGGCUUUACAUCUAAAGCUUCUUCUCCCUUUAUUUCUUCACAAGUACCUGUAUGAUUGCAGUCUUCUCAGUGUCUCCCUCACUGUCUAACAUGUGCACCACACUACAAAGACAAAUGGUAUGUGUUUGUGGAAUCCAGAUUUUAUGCCGCAAUAAAAUCGUGGUCUAAAAAAGGUUAUGUUGGACAUUGAAGCCUAUGUAUGGGGAGGAUAGAAACUAAAGUUUGACGUUUUAAAUUUGUAGGUCAUCUGUUAAUUUGCCUUGCAGCCCUUUUGUAGUCAAGAAUGAGGAGUCGUGUUCUAAGGAUGUGUAGACAGACGGGCAGUACGUUGUGAUUAGUCUGGGUUUUUACCCUGUUCAGGGGAGGAAGUCGUCAUUAGCAGCAACAAGCAGCAGACUGUCUGGCUGGCUCCACCAUGUUAAAAUCUGAUGUCCAUGCUAGUUUCACAUCUCCAACAUGGCCUAUGAUUAGAAGGUCACAGGUAUGGACCUAAGGGGAUUGAAGCACGUGGUUAUACCCCAGAGAAAGUUAGAGCAUUUUUUGCCAACUUUUUAUGUAAAACACAAAUAAAACAUUGCUGACUAGGCUAAUUGUUUGCUUAUGGGCAAUACCACAGUAACGGAAUUAUGCUUUUACUCAGAUUUUUGUAUGCCAAGCAAAAAACAUUGAUUUCAAAGUUUAACAAACCAUACAACUCUAUGCACAAGGACUGCUUUGAACAAUUUACAAAGACAAUUUCACAAAAACACAUUUACUGGAAGAACUGUGAAGAUGCUAAGUUUGAUAACAUAAUUACGGUAAAAUCUCCCUCUUUUUUUUUUUUAUGCUACCACGUUUUCCAAAAAACUGUUAAAUAUCUGCUCCGAAUUAAGAUUCAAUGAUGUCUGCAGAAAGAAUGGGGUGUCAGCUAUGACAUGACACCUUGAGUUUUAAAACAUUUAUUUUGGUUAUUGAACUACAGUAGGUGAAGUGGAUUUACAUCAGGUAACGGAAAUACGGUAACGGAAUUACAUCAUGGGUCCCUGAUCUGUGCUGUACAGAAAUGCCUAAUUAUGGAUAUGAAUAUCAUUCUCUUAAUGGUGAUGUAUCCUGAAUAGGUACACAAAGGUAGAAAUAUGCAAUAUCCUUUUUUUGCAUAUUUGGGUAUUAUUGUAAUGCGCUCCGCCCCCAAACAAGACGACAUUUGGUUGGUCCGGUAGAUAUGUACAGUACAUUAUACUGUACUACCAGAUGACAAAAUAACUUUUAUGAGUUGAACAUAACAGUAUGGCAGUGGAAGGGAGGACAGUAGCAGGUGACCAACUGGUUUGUGACUACUAUGAUUUCCCAUUGUAGCCAAUUAAAAUGCGUUAAUUCCAUUACCGAUUUUGUUAACAGCAUUACGAGUUUUAAACACUUAAUAAUUCAUGAACAAACUUGAUAUCAUUAACACAAACUAAUUGGUAGGUCUACCUUUACUUGUUACUUCUGUGAACAUUCAUUAUCCUCCCUCUUCAUUAUUGAGAGAAAUGUGAAAAUAUCUUAAAGAUACAGUGGGGAGAACAAGUAUUUGAAACACUGCCGAUUUUGCAGGUUUUCCUACUUACAAAGCAUGUAGAGGUCUGUAAUUUUUAUCAUAGGUACACUUCAACUAUGAGAGACGGAAUCUAAAACAAAAAUCCAGAAAAUCACAUUGUAUGAUUUUUAAGUAAUUAAUUUGCAUUUUAUUGCAUGACAUAAGUAUUUGAUACAUUAGAAAAGCAGAACUUAAUAUUUGGUACAGAAACCUUUGUUUGCAAUUACAGAGAUCAUACGUUUCCUGUAGGUCUUGACCAGGUUUGCACACACUGCAGCAGGGAUUUUGGCCCACUCCUCCAUACAGACCUUCUCCAGAUCCUUCAGGUUUCGGGGCUGUCGCUGGGCAAUACGGACUUUCAGCUCCCUCCAAAGAUUUUCUAUUGGGUUCAGGUCUGGAGACUGGCUAGGCCACUCCAGGACCUUGAGAUGCUUCUUACGGAGCCACUCCUUAGUUGCCCUGGCUGUGUGUUUCGGAUCGUUGUCAUGCUGGAAGACCCAGCCACGACUUAUCUUCAAUGCUCUUACUGAGGGAAGGAGGUUGUUGGCCAAGAUCUCGCGAUACAUGGCCCCAUCCAUCCUCCCCUCAAUACGGUGCAGUCGUCCUGUCCCCUUUGCAGAAAAGCAUCCCAAAGAAUGAUGUUUCCACCUCCAUGCUUCAUGGUUGGGAUGGUGUUCUUGGGGUUAUACUCAUCCUUCUUCUUCCUCCAAACACGGCGAGUGGAGUUUAGACCAAAAAGCUCUAUUUUUGUCUCAUCAGACCACAUGACCUUCUCCCAUUCCUCCUCUGGAUCAUCCAGAUGGUCAUUGGCAAACUUCAGACGGGCCUGGACAUGCGCUGGCUUGAGCAGGCGGACCUUGCGUGCGCUGCAGGAUUUUAAUCCAUGACGGCGUAGUGUGUUACUAAUGGUUUUCUUUGAGACUGUGGUCCCAGCUCUCUUCAGGUCAUUGACCAGGUCCUGCCGUGUAGUUCUGGGCUGAUCCCUCACCUUCCUCAUGAUCAUUGCAACUCCACGAGGUGAGAUCUUGCAUGGAGCCCCAGACCGAGGGUGAUUGACCGUCAUCUUGAACUUCUUCCAUUUUCUAAUAAUUGCGCCAACAGUUGUUGCCUUCUCACCAAGCUGCUUGCCUAUUGUCCUGUAGCCCAUCCCAGCCUUGUGCAGGUCUACAAUUUUAUCCCUGAUGUCCUUACACAGCUCUCUGGUCUAGGCCAUUGUGGAGAGGUUGGAGUCUGUUUGAUUGAGUGUGUGGACAGGUGUCUUUUAUACAGGUAACGAGUUCAAACAGUUGCAGUUAAUACAGGUAAUGAGUGGAGAACAGGAGGGCUUCUUAAAGAAAAACUAACAGGUCUGUGAGAGCUGGAAUUCUUACUGGUUGGUAGGUGAUCAAAUACUUAUAUCAUGCAAUAAAAUGCAAAUUAAUUACUUAAAAAUCAUACAAUGUGAUUUUCUGGAUUUUUGUUUUAGAUUCCGUCUCUCACAGUUGAAGUGUACCUAUGAUAAAAAUUACAGACCUCUACAUGCUUUGUAAGUAGGAAAACCUGCAAAAUCGGCAGUGUAUCAAAUACUUGUUCUCCCCACUGUAUGUGGGUUUUUGGUAACAGAAUUACAAGGCAAUGUUUCUAAAACUUACAGAAGGCAAAUUAUUUCCAAAACAUUUGUUAAUAUUAGUUUGCAGGGGUCUUUACUUCAAUAUUGUAUUUUGAUGUAUUUCUUAUACAUUUGAACACUUUUUCUGGUAGAUGUUAUGAAAGACCCCUUUUCCAUAAAUUUGACCAGAAAUCAAAGCCUUUCCUUAUUCCUCAUUUGUAGGAUGGAAAACUCUUAUCUUUCAUUUGACACCUAACUUGCUACUGUCAGGGUUUCCGUUAGGAAAAUGUGGUGCCGGACAACAUGACCGGAAAGAUUUACCGGCCAUUUGAGAAAUUAACCAGACCCAUAUGCAUUGCUCAGAAUGACAGCAAUCCCAUUUAGAUUAUGGUAAUGCAUUUUAACAGAACGUGCAACUCAUGUUCCAUAUGUGACCGAGAUGAAAAUCUCUGUUAGACAUUUUGAAAGAGGUGGAAUCUAAAGAUGCAACAAUUAGGAUGGGUUGCUGACUAGGAUUGUGCCUUUGGCUUCUGGACAACGAAAUAAAGUUGCUAUGAAAACCAAUAAAACAGGAGAGAAAUGUCAUGGCGGUGGGUCUUAUAGGGAAGUAAAAGGAAAUACAUUUGCCCAAAUUAUAUAAUUACUCCUGUCUAUACAGAAAUAAAUAAAAUUAUUCAAAAUACAUGACUUGGCCACAGAGGAAUCAAGGAUAAUCCGCUUCUUAAUUUUUUUUUGCUGUGGAUCGUUUCAAAUCACAAGCUCGUAGACCUAUGCCUAUUUCUUUAGCCGCCAAUGGAACACGGUAUAUCAGUGUGUCCAUAUGGCAGAGGUUGGUGAUCUCGCAUUAGUUUACUUUUUAACUUUAAGAUUUUUAUAAUUUUAAUUCAAAUGUUUAUGAUUAAGCACGUGACAAUGAUUUUGAGAAACGAAAACAUUAUUAUUGUAAUGAACUGUUCCACAAAAAUGCGCCUAUGAAAAUCAUAACUGGCACACAGAACGUUAGAAAUGGUAGGAUACAAUUGUAAGCAUAAAUGAAAUAAAACAUUCAGCUCACAUUGUAAAGUGGUGGGUGACGCGCUGAUAGCCUGUUGCCUGCACUUGAAUGUUGAAUGGGAGGCGUGCUUCAAUUAACAGUUAAUCAUGCACCAAAACUGUUUUUAACACGCGAUUGCAUUUAGAAUUGUUGUGAUAGUUGUGUUGGAUAAAUAAGAUGCAUGAUGACUAACAAAAAUACACACAAAUAACCUAUAGACUGAUAAGCAUGACUGUCAAAUGUACAUCGACUGGUAUUUCCAUCAAUGAAUUAAAAGCAUUAUCUUGCAAUGGGAUUUGUUUUAUGUUCCUCUAUAGGGUAUUUCCAUCUAAAAGGACCCAUGAGCACCAACAUAUGAGGCAAAAGCCGCCAACUGCCGGCCAACGGAAACCCUGGCUACUAUGAACUUCACAUGUUGGUGCUCAUGGGUCCUUUUAGAUGGAAAUACCCCUUUUUCAACUCUAUUAGGCCAAAUACAGAUCUUUAUGCUCUUUUAAUAAAAGUCAAUUCAAGUGGCAGAGAGUUGACACCAAAGUUCUGUAGCCUAAGUUUUCUAUUACUAUGCCACUCAGACUUAUUCAUAUAUUAAACUGAUGUCGCAUAGUAUUGGAGUAACUGUCCCAGUGAAGCGCUGUAAUGUGGUGGAAACCAAUGAUGGCUCUUAUCUGGUGUCUUGGUGCUUAGUUACCUGGCAUGCUGGUAAACCACAGCGUGGCACCCCAAUCCACAGCCCUCUCUCCUCUUUUGUCCUCAGGCAUUGUGUCAGCACUGUCUGCCUCUGAUGACAUCAGUCUGUGUGUAUGCAUCCAAUGCCCCGAUCCCACUCAACAGUCACUGAGGCAUCAGUUACUGUGUGGCACAUUAUGCAAUCCAGCCUUUGGCUAUUGGCUUUCACUCUCAUUGCGGAAUAUCUAACUCGAUUCUAAAUGUAACUAACAUGAACUGUCAUGGAAUUCUCUGCUUAGUUACUUUUCAACCUUGGUAGUUGACUGUACUAAAUGAGAAUAGGGUGUAUGGCUGUGUACCUUUUUCUUUAAUGUAAUGUAUUUCUUCUCAUUUUCCUCAGGAUCCCCAUUGCUGCUGUUUGCCAACCGGCGGGAUGUAAGGCUGGUGGAUGUGGAGAUGGGGAGGCCAGAGUCAGCAGUGGUGGUCAGUGAUCUGGAGGAUGCUGCUGCCGUGGACUUCCUCUACUCUGAAGGACUCAUCUUCUGGACCGACGUCAGCGAGGAGGCCAUCAAGCAGACCUACUACAAUCAGUCCACCAACUGUAAGCUUCACGCUGCUACAUCCGAGUUAGGGACUGUUCUUAUGGUGUUGUCUUACAUUUGUAAGUGUGUUAAAUCUCUGUGUUAAAUAUUUAGUUGUUUUUAAGUUUGGUGCAAAUAUAAUUGAAAAACAUUCAUUUAUUCUGCAACGCAUAGAUAAACUUGAAGAAAGGUCCAACACCUAAGGAUAAAUCUAGAAAAUAACACCAGAAUGUCACUAUUAAUGGAGGGAUAUUGAUAUUGAAGUGUAGACCUAAGUGUUCCCUCUGAAAUGUUGGGCUUUUGUUUUCAGCUCUGAAAGAGGCAUUGGGGACAGGGCAAACUGUUGUUGUUUCGGGCCUCGACUCCCCUGACGGACUGGCUUGUGAUUGGUUGGGCCGUAAACUAUACUGGACCGACUCGGAGACCAAUCGCAUUGAGGUAGCCAACCUGGAUGGCACCUCUCGCAAGGUGCUAUUCUGGUUGGACCUGGACCAGCCCCGGGCCAUCGCCCUGAACCCAGCCCACCGGUGAGUCUCUGUCUCUGUCUCUGGCCUGGCCUCUCUCUCUCCCCUGACUGGGACAUGGGUCAUGUAUCCACAGCAGCGGCCCCUUCCAUCCAUGUGUAUUUAUGGUUCAUACAUGCAUCUGUUGGUUGAGUGAGAGGGUGGAAAACCUGCUUUUCAGGUGGGUCUGUUUCCUGUUGUGUUGCGUAGAUCCUCUGGAGUUGACUCCUCUUCUCUCAUAGGGCACUGUUUUGAAUUAUAUGGUUGUGUAUACAGAUCUUUAUGCUCUUUAUGUGUAUCCAUUAGCAUUAUUGAGUCAGUAUAAUUUCCCUCUAGUCAGUGGAAAGUACUGCAGGAAUACCUUUUUAUUUCAUGGAUUUAGUGCUAUUUUUGAACGUGUAUGGUUUUGUAAAAACGUCAAACCUCAAGAACCUGAGUUUUGCAACUAAUUAACAUGGGAUUAUAAAACGAAAACAAAGCUUAAAAUGGUGAAGUGUAAAACGCUUCUCACCUCCUCACUCCGUACAAAGUUGGGUUCAUCAAGUUCAUCAUAUAAAGACAAAAUAUCACUGAAAUACCAGCAGUUCUAGACUGUAGACUCAGUAUCUAAAUGUAAAAUUGGUAGAGCAUGGCGCUUGUAACGCCAGGGUAGUGGGUUCGAUCCCCGGGACCACCCAUACGUAAAAAUGUAUGCGCACAUGACUGUAAGUCGCUUUGGAUAAAAGCGUCUGCUGAAUGGCAUAUUAAAAUUAUCGUCAAAUAAACAAAGUAAGAUUUGAGUUAUUCAUUUGUAGGAUUCUUCUCUGAAAGACAUUUGAUAAUCUUGAAGAAACACUAAAACACAAUAGCCCUUUUUAAUUUAUUGCAGUCUUCAGUUUUGAGGUCUCCUUUUGAGUACAGCUCCUUACUCCUUCAAUAGAGUAGUUUAUGCAAAAUAGGCUAGUUCUUCAAUGUCUCUCGAAUACAAGUUGACAUGAGUGUUGCCUCUGUCCUUGCUUUGCCCUCAUGAGGCUGUUAAAGUAUUUGAUCCCCUGCUGAUUUUGUACGUUUGCCCACUGACAAAGACAUGAUCAGUCUAUAAUUUUAAUGGUAGGUUUAUUUGAACAGUGAGAGACAGAAUAACAACAACAAAAUCCAGAAAAACGCAUGUCAAAAAUGUUAUGAAUUGAUUUGCAUUUUAAUGAGGGAAAUAAGUAUUUGACCCCUCUGCAAAACAUGACUUAGUACUUGGUGGCAAAACCCUUGAAAGCAAUCACAGAGGUCAGAUGUUUCUUGUAGUUGGCCACCAGAUUUGCACACAUCUCAGGAGGGAUUUUGUCCCACUCCUCUUUGCAGAUCUUCUCCAAGUCAUUAAGGUUUCGAGGAUGACGUUUGAGAACUCAAACCUUCAGCUCCCUCCACAGAUUUUCUAUGGGAUUAAGGUCUGGAGACUCCAGGACCUUAAUGUGCUUCUUCUUGAGCCACUCCUUUGUUGCCUUGGCCGUGUGUUUUGGGUCAUUGUCAUGCUCGAAUACCCAUCCAUGACCCAUUUUCAAUGCCCUGGCUGAGGGAAGGAGGUUCUCACCCAAGAUUUGACGGUACAUGGCCCCGUCCAUCGUCCCUUUGAUGCAGUGAAGUUGUCCUGUCCCCUUAGCAGAAAAACACCCCCAAAGCAUAAUGUUUCCACCUCCAUGUUUGACGGUGGGGAUGGUGUUCUUGGGGUCAUAGGCAGCAUUCCUCCUCCUCCAAACACGGCGAGUUGAGUUGAUGCCAAAGAGCUCGAUUUUGGUCUCAUCUGACCACAACACUUUCACCCAGUUCUCCUCUGAAUCAUUCAGAUGUUCAUUGGCAAACUUCAGACGGGCCUGUAUAAGUGCUUUCUUGAGCAGGGGGACCUUGCGGGGGCUGCAGGAUUUCAGUCCUUCACGGCGUAGUGUGUUACCAAUUGUUUUCUUGGUGACUAUGGUCCCAGCUGCCUUGAGAUCAUUGACAAGAUCCUCCCGUGUAGUUCUGGGCUGAUUCCUCACCGUUCUCAUGAUCAUUGCAACUCCACGAGGUGAGAUCUUGCAUGGAGCCCCAGGCCGAGGGAGAUUGACAGUUAUUUUGUGUUUCUUCCAUUUGCGAAUAAUCGCACCAACUGUUGUCACCUUCUCACCAAGCUGCUUGGCGAUGGUCUUGUAGCCCAUUCCAGCCUUGUGUAGGUCUACAAUCUUGUCCCUGACAUCCUUGGAGAGCUCUUUGAUCUUGGCCAUGGUGGAGAGUUUGGAAUCUGAUUGAUUCUGUGGACAGGUGUCUUUUAUACAGGUAACAAACUGAGAUUAGGAUCAUUCCCUUUAAGAGUGUGCUCCUAAUCUCAGCUCGUUACCUGUAUUAAAGACACCUGGGAGCCAGAAAUCUUUCUGAUUGAGAGGGGGUCAAAUACUUAUUUCCCUCAUUAAAAUGCAAAUCAAUUUAUAACAUUUUUGACAUGCGUUUUUCUGGAUUUUGUUGUUGUUAUUCUGUCUCACUGUUCAAAUAAACCUACCAUUAAAAUUAUAGACUGAUCAUUUCUUUAUCAGUGGGCAAACGUACAAAAUCAGCAGGGGAUCAAAUACUUUUUUCCCUCACUGUACAUUUCCACACUAUGAUGUUGGAAUAAUACUGUAAAAAUGAUAAUAAUGGCCCUUUCGUCUAAGAGCUGUUCAAAAAGGCCGCCUGAAAUUUCAGCUUGUUUUAUUGGGAUGGAGUUUUGGCCUUCCUUGGUGACAUCACCAUGCGGUAAAUUAGUUAAUAGACCAAUAAGAGUUCCAAACCUCUCUGCUAAUAACAGCACAUUUUCAGUUUUCCUCUCCCCUCUCAAACCCCUCGCAGACAGUCCUAGCAAAAUUAUUGCUUAAGAAGCUAUUUUUGUUUCUUUUUGACCAUUUUAAUUGAACAAUCACAGUAAGGUACUAUACUAAAUUAUUUGAUAUUGAGAUAAAAACGGCUUCAUUGGACACUUGAGUUUAAUUCCUAGACAGCACAGCCAUUGUUUUUCACGCUCUUUGUUCAAGCAGCAACUGAAUUCUAAUGGAGGCAUAGGAGCAGGUAAGCUCUUAAUUGUGAAAAAUGUGCUCUCUGCAGUUGGAGGUUGUUUGGUCUCUGGGGGGCAAGGGGUGGUUGGUCUUCAUGCUUGGUCUCCCUGCUGGCAUUAUGUUUGAUAAGCGUUUCCGUUGGUGGGUGACAUGCUUGCUGUCGUACCACAUGCUAAAUGAGUAAUCGGGUUUCUCCAAACUCCCGUUUCCUGAUGUUUUAAUUGUUUUUUUCUACCCUGCUGGACAAAGGAAUGCAAAACUGUUUUAUGACUAAACUGUGUCAGUUGGUGCACAGUGUUACAUUCUAAUCAGCCACUGUGUUCCUGAUAGGGGAGGUGAUCCAUUCUGCCACAAAUCUACAUUUUGAUUUUAAUGGAGGUGCGGAAGAGGAGGACUUGGCACAUGCGCACUUGGUCAAAAACAAUACUUUUUUUUUUUCAGUUGCAUGUAACUUCUUAUUUAGACCUUUUAUGGAAGUACAUACCGGCAGUAAUGACGAUAGUUGCUCAGCGAAACGACAUUCUUUGGUAGGUACUGAUCAUAAUUUGACAUUAUUAAGCUUGAAAAGCUGGUGAAUGGCAAGUAUAAUGGCUGCUUCCUGGAUUUAAAGGAGAAUCGCCAUAUUCAACGUCUCCUGUAAGCCCAGAUUCUGGUUCAUUGUAGACCUAGAUCAGCAUGUGUGUGUGCAACGGUAUAUUUUAAAUUGGAAGAAUACGCGAAACUAUUAUUUUAGAUGCAUCAGAGGAUAGGAUGAACUUUAAUGUCCCAAGGGGAAAAUAGCUACACAGAAGCUACAUCAAGUAAGAGAACAUGUAAUGUAACAUCUAAUUAGGGUCCACUGGGAAACACUGACCAACACUUUGGUUCCAACCCAGUCACAACUCCUCCCUGGUUUUUUCAUUCGUUGUCAUGUCAAACAGCAUUGUGUUCUAAGUACCCACUAUAUUCCAACUUUUGGUUGAAGUUUGAUUGAACAAACUGGAUCAGAAUGGAGAAAGCCCCAUUUGAAAACACUUAGAAUGUACUAUAUGUGUUGCCACCCUAGGGUCAUGCACUACUCAUAAAGCAUAUUUAGAACCUUUAGGCCAGACAAAAUUUAUUCACUGUUUAAUGGAUUUAUCCCCCAGAAAAGUGAGGCGAGCGAAAAAAACCCCCAGAAUAAUAAUAUAUAAACAUUAAGUGGAUAAGGAAUAACAGUACUUUACCACAUUGUCCUAGGCACUAAUGCAGGCUUUAGGCCUAAUGUGAGCUUCAAGAGUUGUAUUAUUCCAUGCGAAAAUCUACACUAUUUUUCUUUAAAAUAAUGCAGAUGUUACAAUGUUGUUAUAACCAUGAAAAAUGAAACCCAAUGGGAAGUAUAACUUGUGACAGUUUCUUUAUUCCUGAAUUUUUAUUUUUAUUUUUUUAUCUCAAAAUCAAGAACAAGUAAUUGUAAUCAAAUUAAAAUGUUGAUGUAUAAUAAUGAGUUCAUGCAUCUCUAUAGCUUAUGGGCGUUAACAAAAUAUUCAUACAAAUAUGAUUAGGCCUCUCAUAGACUAGGCCUUGUAGAAAGAGGGUCAACGGGCGGCAGGUAGCUUAGUGGUUAAGAGCGUUGUGCCAGUAACCGAAAGGUCGCUGGUUCUAAUCCCCGAGCCGACUAGGUGAAAAAUCUGUCGAUGUGCCCUUGAGCAAGGCACUUAGCCCUAAUUGCUCCUGUAAGUCGCUCUGGAUAAGAGCGUCUGCUAAAUGACCAAAAAUUUAAAAAAAUAAAUCAAGUUAGGUCUGCCAAAUUAAUGUAUCAUUGGAAAAAAUACAUAAAUCCAGCCAUAGAGUAUAGCCUAUCAUCAUCAAAAUAGAAAAUGUUGUUUAUAACAUGCACAAUUAGAAGCAGCAAUCUAUAUAGAGCAAGCUUGACUAAAUUCGAGCCCAGUAACUUUGCUCACCGCAUCCUCCUUCGAUUGUCUCGUCUGGCUGCCACGAAAAGCCCCCACCUUGGAGACAGUCGAUCACAACAUUGUGGAGCUGCUGAUCUGCACGAAGUGUGUGCGUGCCACUGGCGAUGUACUUUGCUGGACAUGCUAGCUGUUUUCGGCGGCGCAUCAUCACUUCAAACGCAUUCCGUCUUGGUGUUAUCGGUUGGCCUACUACUACUGGUAGUACCGGUAAAAUGUAAGUAAUGAAUCGCAAAUCACCAUACAGCUGACACACUUCAAUUUCAUCAAUCAUUUUGACUUCAAUUUGGUUGUCCAAAAUACUAUCAGCUUGCACUGCGUCUUUGCUGAUGAAUGCCCUGAUCUCUGGCCAGUCAAUUGGUUCAAUGUCACUGUUGUUUUGUCUAUUAAUCACUUCUAAUAGAUCUGAAAAUGAUGCAUUAACCAUGAAUGUAACCGACUGUUUGUUUAUAAUGAGGGACGUCCCACGUUUAACCUGGACAUACAAAUAGUAGGAAUUUGCACUGGCUUCAGCCAUGACGGCAUGAGAGAGAAAUGAAACAUCUGCAAGUCGCCUGCAGGUGCAAGCGUGUGUGUUUCACUGUCCAAUCCGAUGCUCGAACAUGGUCUGAGCGCGUGAUCUGAGCCUGCCAGGGUUGUGGGUUCGAUUCCCACGGGGGGCCAGUAUGAAAAAUUAAAAACAUUAUAUGUAUGCACUCACUAACUGUAAGUCACUCUGGAUAAGAGUGUCUACUAAAUGACUAAAAUGUAAUGUAAAUGUUUGGUCUCUUGCGCAUUAACUUGGGAAAGCCUCAAGGGAGAGCGGACAGUGCAUUAUAAACAAAGUGCUGCAUAUAUUGCCGAAAGAAUAACAUCCAAUUGUUUUAUUUGCGGGGUGUGGAGAAAAGUAAGCCCGGGCAUCCGUUAAACAGUCCGGCCUUAUUAUUAAACCUAAAAUACCUUCAAAUAUGUCAUACCGUCAAAUUUGAAAAAUAUCGUAAUGCUGUUUGGGCCAUAUCGCCCAGUCCUGCCAACACUUUCUCUAGCCAUUUUGUUAACCACAGACCAGGACAACUGGGAAACCAGGAGGCAUCUCAUACGUUGUUCACAAAUUCUGUAUGUUUGUGUCUGGUUAGGUUAUUUUAGAACACCUUUUCAGUUCUUAGACCAUUUGAUUCUAUCCAUUUUAACCGAACCUAGGGCCCACAUCUAGAUCUGUUCUAUUUGCUGGUGGGCUUCCCCGCCCAUCCACCUCCAUAGCUGUCUAUGAAUAGAAAUUGUGCAUGCCUAAUUAAGCCUGCAUUCAAUGCAGUGCACAUUGAAGUGACUGCAGCUAUUAUUGGCACAACAUGCAGACUACAGCUUGGAGAUCUGCCAAGUGUUAAGAUUUCUAUCGGGUGUUGUCAGAGGACCUGUAGGCACGUGAAUUUGCGUGCGUGUGUGUGCAUGCGUAUGUGUGCGAGCAUCUGUGGUUUUAAAAUUAGGAUAAGUAGAAAAAGGGUUUCAACUUUCAAGCCCUCUGUAGAGCACCAUUGGUAAGACUCUCUGUGUUUUGGGUGUUUUGUCUAGUUUGUUUCCAGCUUCAUUUUGCUCCAACCACAAGACUCGUCCUGGUGAAAAUAAAAACCUACCAUUUGUUAGCACUUUUCUUUCUUUCAUAGGUAUCAGAUGUGGUUAUGUGGGUGGGUUUGUUUGGCCUGAUCAGAUUGGUUGUGAUUUUGACAAUUAUUUUCCUUCUCAGCUAUAUGUACUGGACAGACUGGGGGGAGGAGCCUCGCAUCGAGAGGGCAGGGAUGGACGGAAGCAACAGGAAGAUCAUCGUGGAGGUGGACAUCUAUUGGCCCAACGGCCUCACCAUUGACCUGGACGAACAGAAACUGUACUGGGCAGACGCCAAGCUGAGCUUCAUACACAGAGCCAACCUGGACGGCUCCUCACGGUUAGUCUGUCUUCUCUCUCACACAUUUUCUCCCUGUUCUUCUCAUUAUUGUUUUUUUACACCCUUCAUGGAAAAACAGCCAGGGAUCCCAGACUGAACUAUGGCACUGGGCUCAACUUAAUUUCAGAGGAUGGUAUGGAUGAAACCUCCAAUCCAAACACAUUUGACUCUGGAGGCCCCAAUCCAAACAUUGUCUCUGCACGUAGGCCUAGUUGUGACCCCUCCCUCCAUGUGGUUCUCUAAACUGGAAAUGACCUCUCCGCCAUACUGUUGUAACCGUAUCUGACUUGGCAUUAUGGUCGUGAUUGGGGCCCUCAGGGCAAGGGUUGACUUUCCUUUGUAUAACUGAGAUUUAAUGGCAAUAUUAAUAAAGAGAGGUAUGGCAUGUUUACCUUCUCUUGUUCAGACAAUAGACUGCUUUCUUCAGGGUGUAGAGUGAGAGAGGCUCUUUUCUCAAGACCAAUGCAGUUGUAUUGCCCUCAGAGUUUGAGUAUAACUUCCUCAGGAAAAUAUUUCCCAGUUUGAAAUUAAGUUGUGAUUUAUAACUUUGAAAAAUUAAGCAUAGUAAAUGAGAUUGAGGAUACGAAUAAGAUGCACCAUGGUAGAACUCUCCAAUUGGCAAGAAACAAUCGAAUUGCUUAAUUGACCUCCAGUAAUGGUACUCCACUGUUGAAGUUUGUCGGAAUUAUCGUAAGCACUUUACGGAGAAAUGUAAACUACAUCCCAGAAGUAGUUUCUGUUAGAAUUGACUUCUUCUCUGUGUUAAAGCGAGAGGUUUUGUUUUUCAUGUGCACAUUCUUGAGACGUCUGAUUAAUGGAGCAGUUUGCAGUAUAUUUCCAAUGGCUUCAAAUGUCCAACUUCCAAGUACGUCAAAUGCAAAAUAGCUGUGAAAUCUGGAUGUAAUAAAUGUUUUCUCUCCCAACCAAGUUCUUCCCACGCUAUUAACAUUUUGGUGAGAACAUGCUGUCACCCUCCUCCCUCUACCCCUCUGGAAAUGGAUCCCUUACCAACCAACCCUAACAAAGCCUGGUGAUUGAUGAGGUCCUGAACAGAAUUCUGCUGUAUCAGGAUUCUUAACACUUGUGCAUCGGCAUGCCAUGCUUUGAUUCUGAAUGUAUUUAUGUCGUCACCGGCCUGACUGUGUGUUGUCUGGUGGAGCAGAGGGAAGCAGAGUGCUGUACUUCUGGAUGGGACUGCGCUCUGUGCUGUGCUGUUCUGCUCUGACUUACUUCCCCACUGAAUCAGGACAGCUGUAUCAUUAGUACAACCGUUCCCCUUCUAAAGAGUGUACCAUAAGCUCCAUUAAAGUCUGACAGCCUGAUUUUGUUGUAUUUCCCCCUGGAAAGGGCUUGAAGGGGCUCCUGAACUGUGGUUCCAUGAUGUCGCUACGUGUUCUAACAGAUCUGCUUUAGGGUCUCAUUGAGAUCCCAACCUAGGUUGUUGUGGUGGUUUAUUUUUGGUCUGAAUUCUAUGCUACUGUCAGAAAGUCUGGGUUUUUGCCAUUGUUUUUGCCAUUGAGUGCUGUGUUUGGUGUCAUGACAUUCACGCCUGUAGAAUGGCUGAGAACCACAACUUGAACAAUAUUUUUUUUUAACAAAUACAAUUUCGGAACAUAUUAGUGUCAGCUGAUACUCAUCUUCAUUGCUUUUUAACUUUCCUCUCACAGCAGUAGUUUUGAACUAUCAUGCAUUAAUGAUAAAAAUUGUAUUCUGAUCUGUAAACAUAUGUUGAAUUCACAGGGAGACUGUGGUGGAGGGCACCCUCACCCACCCGUUUGCCCUCACCCUGUCAGAUGAGACUCUCUACUGGACAGACUGGCAGACCCGUUCUAUCCAUGCCUGCAACAAACACACUGGAGACAAGAGGAGGGAGAUACUCAGUGGAAUCUACUCCCCCAUGGACAUCCAAGUGCUGGGUUCAGAUAGACAGCCAGAUAGUAAGUACGGCUGCAUCCAACUAGACAGCCAGACAGUGACUAGUGCUGGGUCCAGCUAGACUGCCAGACAGUAACUAGUGCUGGGUCCAGCUAGACUGCCAGACAGUAACUAGUGCUGGGUCCAGCUAGACUGCCAGACAGUAACUAGUGCUGGGUCCAGCUAGACUGCCAGACAGUAACUAGUGCUGGGUCCAGCUAGACUGCCAGACAGUAACUAGUGCUGGGUCCAGAUAGACAGCCAGACCGUAACUAAUGCUGGGUCCAGAUAGACAGCCUACAUGUAUGUACGUGGGUGCAUGUAUGAUCAUCUUGUUUGGAUAAAGCAAAUAGUGUAAAUCAAUCAGACAGCCAGACAGUAAGUAGUGCCUUUCCAGUUCAGUCUGCAAGUGCAACAAGUUAAUGUUAAGUUCACAUGAAUGUCCCCCCAGUACUCAUAAUUAAUGUUCCUAAGCACAACAUAACAGAUUCUCUUCGUUUUGGAAGGAUAUUUUUAGACUGACCUGUUGGUCAGUUAGUGUGCAUACACAGGAAAAUGGAGUCAUGGUGUACAAUUCAUCUGUCAAGAAAUGAACAUUUUCAAAUGUCUGGCAUGCAUUCCUGGCUGGACAAAUAAAUGUCUGUGCUGUGCAGAAACAGAAACGUUCCAGCACGCUAUGAUUCCCAUCUCCGUGGCGUUUGUGUGUGUGCGUGCAUGAGUGUGUGUGUUGAGACUGGGGAGUGACAAACUGAUUACUUUGGAUGUGUGUAAACAUUGGUGCGCCAGUCUUUGUGUGUGUUUGUUUGGGGAGUGAAUGAUAAAGAACUCCACCAUUUAUGGUGGUUUGCUUCUCUCCAGGAGUUUGGGGAGGGCAUGGGAUGUAAAGAAAGGAGAGUUAGACAAAAAUAAAAUAAACUUGAGUAAACGACAUGGAAAUUGAGGAGGUAGGCCAUUAGAUAAGAAACAUUGGCCAAUAAAUCACCUUACCUGUACAGUGCCUUCGGAAAGUAUUCAGACCCCUUGACUUUUCCACAUUUUGUUAUGUUACAGCCUUAUUCUAAAAUGGAUUAAAUAAAACAAUUUCCUCAUCAAUCUACACACAAUACCCCAUAAUGACGACGCGAUAACAGGUUUUUAGAAAUGUUUGCAAAUGUAUUAAAAACAAAAAACAGAUAUCAUAUUUACAUAAGUAUUCAGACUCAUUGCUAUGAGACAAAAAAUUGAGCUCAGGUGCAUCCUGUUUCCAUUGAUCAUCCUUGAGAUGUUUGUACAACUUGAUUGGAGGCCUCCUGUGGUAAAUUCAAUUGAUUGGACAUGAUUUGGAAAGGCACACACCUGUCUAUAUAAGGUCUCACAGUUGACAGUGCAUGUCAGAGCAAAAACAAAGCCAUGAGGUCGAAGGAAUUGUCCGUAGAGCGCCGAGACAGGAUUGUGUCGAGGCACAGAUCUGUGAAGGGUACCAAAACAUUUCUGCAGCAUUGAAGGUCCCCAAGAACACAGUGGCCUCCAUCAUUCUUAAAUGGAAGAAGUUUGGAACCACCAAGACUCUUCCUAGAUCUGUCCGCCCGGCCAAACUGAGCAAUCGGGGGGGGAGAAGGGCCUUGGUCAGGGAGGUGACCAAGAACCUGAUGGUCACUCUGACAGAGCACCAUGGUUCCUCUGUGGAGAUGGGAGAACCUUCCAGAAGGACAACCACUCUGCAGCACUCCACCAAUCAGGCCUUUAUGGUAGAGUGGCCAGAUGGAAGCCACUCCUCAGUAAAAUACACAUGACAGCCCUCUUGGAGUUUGCCAAAAGGCACCUAAAGAAUCUCAGACCAUGAGAAACAAGAUUGAACUCUUUGGCCUGAAUGCCAAGCAUCACGUCUGGAGGAAACCUGGCACCAUCCCUACGGUAAAGCGUGGUGGCAGCAUCAUGCUGUGGGGAUGUUUUUCAGCGCCAGGGACUGGCAGACGAGUCAGGAUCGAGGCAAAAUGAACGGAACAAAGUACAGAGAUCCUUGAUGAAAACCUGCUCAAGGGCGCUCAGGACCUCAGACCCUAAGCACACAGCCAAGACAACACAGGAGUGGCUUCGGGACAAGUCUCUGAAUGUCCUUGAGUGGCCCAGCCAGAGCCCGGACUUGAACCCGAUCGAACAUUUCUGGACAGACCUGAAAAUAGCUGUGCAGCAACGCUCCCCAUCCAACCUGACAGAGCUUGAGAGGAUCUGCAGAGAAAAAUGGGAGAAACUCCCCAAAUACAGGUGUGCCAGGCUUGUAGCGACAUACCCAAGAAGACUAGAGGCUGUAGUUGCUGCCAAAGGUGCUUCAACAAAGUACUGAGUAAAGGGUCUGAAUACUUAUGUAAAUGUGAUAUUUAAGUUAAUUUUCUACAAACCUGUUUUUGCUUUGUCAUUAUGGGGUAUUGUGGGUAGAUUGAGAGAAAAAGAUAAUAUAUAUAAUCAAUUUUAGAAUAAGGCUGUAACCUAACAAAAUGUGGAAAAGGUUGAGGGGUCUGAAUACUUUCCGACGGCACUGUAUUUCAAGCCUCCAUAACUCAAAUCCAAAAAUGUAUUGGGUUUUUAAAACUGUGUGAGAAGAGUUUGAGUAGUUUGGCCUUUGACUGUGGCCUUGUUGUAAUCAGCCUGUAGUGCUGUGUGAAGGGGGAGGGUUGGUGUUUGCUGCUCUGCUGUGCCAGCCGCUGGACUCUGUAGCUCUGUAGUGCCAUGCUGAGCGCGUGACCCAGUAGACAGGGCAAAAUCACACCACAGGAUAUCAAACUUUAUGGCACAGCUAUUGUCCAAGCAGCGAUUUUAUUGUUGGUUUUGUUUGGAGAGAAACAAUUAUUUGGGUUUAUAUUUAGUCUUUCCAAGUUUUCACCCAGUUGUUAUGUUGUGAAAAUGGUUCUCUGAAUAUACACCAAUGCAUUCGACUAGAACAGUCCCUCCAGGAUUAUGCGAUUCUGUGAUAGAAUAGUUUUUGUUGCAAAAUCAUCAAUUCUCUGCGUAUUAUGCGAGGGCUUGCAAAUUUGACCAAUCACUGCAUUAUUUCUGCAUAAAACAUUCAAAUCAUUGCAAUAUUAUCACAUAAAACUGACCCAUCACCGCAGUACAAAAAGAGGGCUUGCAAUUUCAAACAAUCGCAUGUGUUUUAAUCAAGCUACACAUCAACAAACUUUCCCUAGUCAGUGCAGUUUUGUGAGAAAUUGAACAAUCAUCUGAAAAUGUCAGAAUUGCGGUAGCAAAAUCAAGAACUUUUCCCACAAAUAUCCCAAAAAAUCCAAACGAAAUCCUGGAGGGACUGAUGGGAGUUUGCAGUGUAGAUUUCAGGCUUAGUCAGUGAAACUGAAAGGACCCUAUCUCAGCGUUAUCUCUUCUGACAUUGCUCAUUGCUCCCACAGUCCAUACCCCCUGCAGUGACGGCAACGGAGGCUGCUCCCACCUGUGCCUGCUGUCGCCCAUGCAACCCUUUUACAGCUGUGCCUGCCCCACUGGAGUCAAGCUCAAGGAGGAUGGGAAGACCUGUCGCCCAGGUAAGAGACUAGCCACUGUGGCCUGGGGGCAUCUGGUGUGGGUUACUUGCUACCCAGUAGAGUGUCCCAUAUAUUAUACUGUAUGUGUCCCAAAUGGCACCCUAUUCCCUAUACAGUGCACUACUUUUGAACAGAGCUCUAUGGGCCCUGAAUGGUCAAAAGUAGUGCAUUAUAUAGGGAAUAGGGUGCCAUUUGAGACUCGGCCAAUACAAUGGCCCCAGUGAUAACUCCCUUUGCUAAUGCUACUGUACAUGUGUUGUGGUUUCACAUUAGACAUUACCAUCUGGUGUAUGGGACAUUAUUGACAUUCCUGAGGUGAUUUUAUGGACUGUCUUGAAUUAGGCCUAUUGUACUGCAAGAGCUGCUCUUAAUAAUUUCAUGCGAUAGUGUCAAAAGUCAUAUUGUCCCAAUUUCUUUAAAUAGAUUAGGAAAUAAGACAAAGCUCUACUUUUAAUUUCAUAAUGAUUUGCACAGUAAUUAAGCAUCAAAUUUAGUUAUGUUUUUUAUACAGUUGUUCAGUUGAGGUUUUUGUCUUGGGUGCAUUGGCAUCCUGUUCCUCAACAAAACAUUAGCAUGCCUAACCAGAGAGCCAUGACAGAGACCUAAUCUCUGACAGAUGGUUCCUACAGGCUGCAAGCUUCUGAAUGCACAAUUUACUCUGCCGUUUGCUCUUAAUUUCUAUUGCCUCCACAUACAGACAGCUACAUUUAGGCUAGAAGCAUACCUCUCCACCCCCUCCUCUCUGCACAUUCUCUACUUUCCAGAGUUUACCAAAGGCCACAUGUGACUGACUGAGAUUCAGGAAGGUUGGACCUCUUUUUAUGCAUUGUUGUGUUUCUGCUGCUGUCAUUCCCCUUGCUCUGCUACUUCCAAUCUCAUCACCUUGCUUCUGGGCAGAGAUACAUUACGCAGAGAGCCAGGCCUAAUCAGGUCACUGCUCCGUUUGUGUGUUUAGUGGAUACGGCCUGGGCUCAUCCUGCAAAAUGAAACCUGUUUGUUUGACUUGCCCCAGGGUGUGUUUACAUUCCCUCUGGUCUCGCUCUCUCUCUCUUCUCCUCUCCUCUCCUUGCUCGUCUGGACACCCCUUCAAAUUAGUGGAUUCUGCCAUUUCAGCCCACCCGUUGCUGACAGAUGUAUAAAAUCGAGCACACAGCCAUGCAAUCUCCAUAGACAACUAUUGGCAGUAGAAUGGCCUCACUGAAAAGCUCAGUGACUUUCAACAUGGCACAGUCAUAGGAUGCCGCCUUUCCAAGAAAUCAGUUGGUCAAAUAUCUGCCCUGCUAGAUCUGCCCCGGUCAACUGUAAGUGCUGUUAUUGUGAAGUGGAAAAGUCUAGGAGCAGGAACGGCUCAGCCGCGAAGUGAUAGGCCCACACAAGCUCACAGAACGGGACUGCUGAAGCACGUAGCGUCUGUCAUCGGUUGCAACACUCACUUCCAACUGCCUCUGGAAGCAACGUCAGCACAGUAACUGUUCGUCGGGAUCUUCAUGAAAUGGGUUUCCAUGGCCGAGCAGCUGCAUACAACCUAAGAUCACAAUGCUCAAUGCCAAGUGUCGGCUGGAGUGGUGUAAAGCUCGCCGCCAUUGGACUCUGGAGCCGUGGAAAAGCAUUCUCUGGAGUGAUGAAUCACGCUUCACCAUCUGGCAGUCCGACGGAGGAAUCUGGGUUUGGUGGACGCCUGGAGAACGCUACCUGCCCGAAUGCAUAGUGCCAACUUUAAAGUUUGGUGGAGGAGGAAUAAUGUUCCAACAUCUAGUGGAAAACCUUCCCAGAAGAGUGGAGCAAAUGGGGGACCAACUCUAUAUUAAUGCCUGUGAUUUUGGAAUGAGAUGUUCGCGAAGCAGGUGUCCACUUACUUUUGGUCAUGUAGUGUAUAUUAUGAUGCCAUUUUGUGGCGAUUUUGGCCGUUUUGGCCUUCAACACGGGUUUUUUCAGCUGUUCAUGCGCUCAACGAAAAAACUAUUGAGGCAAGACUAAGUCUACGCCCCUUCGUCAGUGAUUGGUCAACAGUAGGGAUUCUUCAAUGAAGUGUGUUUUGUCAAUUAACGAUAGAUGACUCGCUUGAAUGCGCAUUUUUUUUCUUGAAAUACUGCACCAAACAUUUUAGUUAGAUGUAAAAUUGCGCGACUAAGAUCUCCUCUGCAAAAACAUACAAAUGAAUGACAGAUUUCUUGAGUUAUCUUAGAUUAGUGUUGACUAUUUUGAGGAAGUGUGUACUACAAACAGUACUAUUUCCUAUUUUUUCUAAUUUUUCAGCUGAACCGAAACAUACAGAAAGAAGCCUUAAGGAGAGACCCACCCACAACCCUCAUGUGUGUAUAAAGGUGACAGACUUGUCUAAAGGGAAAGAUAAAAAAUGGGGUUGUGGGGGAUUUCUUGGUCAACCCUUGUUUGAGCAGUGACAGCCCUUUGAUUGGAGGCUGUUUUACCUGGGAUACCUCCCAGUUUUUUACUUUUUUGCUUAUCUUUAACUUUUUUUUAAAGGACCUGUAAGUAAACAGUUCACUGUUUGUCUAUACCUGUUGUUUACGACGCAUUUGACAAAUAAAAUGUUAUUUUAUUUGUUGGAAUGAACCAGUUAGACAACAAGCCAAGGUAGUCCUAAUUCUGAAACCCAGGUUCAGGCCUGGACUGUCAUAGUCCUGGUUCCAAUCCCUCUCUGCAGGGGACAGAAAACACUAUUGUCUAUGUGCACCAGUCCUGUUAACGACAGCCCAUUCAUUACCCCAAAAGGACUCUCCUCUCCCAGGCCAGGGAUGCAGCAGAGCCUCUCUAUUUGAAUUUAUAACUCUUCCAAAUUUAGGCAGUGUAUUCCCAGGCCAGGAAACAAUGAGUCUUAUUCUUCUAGCCUUCAUUCCAGAGGCGCAAGUAAAACAUAGUGUGUGUGUUAGGGUAACGGAGGGGAGUUAGUUAUCCCGGCCUGAUAGAACAUAGAUGUAUUCAGUGACUACAGGAUUAAACAGACCUCCAGCAGUGUUGACAGCUAAACAGAAUGUAAGACAAUACCACAUUGUAUCAGCUCUGAUUAGGAGGAAAGCAGUGGGGGUGAGUGAGUGGGGGGGGGGGGGCUGUGUGAAGUUUAAAAAGAGCAAGCAUCCACGCUCCUCAUUUUGUUUAGCUUGGGUGGCUAAAUGGAGGGCAUUUGAGGUCACUUUGUCAAAUGUGAAGCAGACCAAGGAGCGAAUUUAAAUCAAAGACGUGGCGUCGUUCUCUUCUUGAUGGAAAAUGAAGGGCAGUUUUUUUACUGUCAUUACUGAUUGGUGUCACCCCUGAUGGAUGACCCUUCUGAUUGAGCAUCAGUAGUCUGCUGCUGGUUUUAGGGGUCCUGGAGUGUAAAUGGCUAAAACAGGAGAAGAGUUGGACCUAAUUCCCUCCGCAGAGUGUGGCUCCAGUGAGCAAAUGCAGCUUCUAUUUAAGCCGUUCUCAGUGGCGGCUAGGAUUCCCCUAAGGAAACAUAAUAAUAAUAAUAAUAAUAAUAUGCCAUUUAGCAGACGCUUUUAUCCAAAGCGACUUACAGUCAUGCGUGCAUACAUUUAUUUAUUUAUUUUUUUAUUAUUAUUAUUUUUUUGUGUAUGGGUGGUCCCGGGGAUCGAACCCACUACCUUGGCGUUACAAGCGCCGUGCUCUUACCAGCUGAGCUACAGAGGACCACAAUCUUUAUACACAACCGAUUUUAGAUAAAGGCUAAACUUAAAGAUAUUUGAAAUAUAUAUUUUAAUCUGGUCUAAAGCCUCUCCUCACUUUUUUUUCCAUGAUGAAAAAGUGAUCAAAUAUCUUAUUUUCAUAAACAAACAAAUAAAAUACAAGAAUUUAAAGUUGCACUAUAAAUUUCCAUCUGAAAUGUUGUCUUUACCAAAACAUAUUAAUUUAUGCUUGUCAGGUAUGGCUAUAUAGGACCUCGGAUUAAUCCCCAAUAAGCUGUUAUUUCACAUGCCAGUUGAAUGUCAUGCUCUCGCCCCACUCAUUCCCACUUAUGGCUACUUCUCUACCCCAGGUGCGGAGCAGGUUCUGCUGCUGGCUAGGCGGACUGACCUGAGGAGGAUUUCUCUGGACCUCCCAGACUUCACAGACAUCGUUCUGCAGGUGGACGACAUCCGCCAUGCCAUCGCCAUCGACUAUGACCCUGUGGACGGAUAUGUGUACUGGACGGACGACGAGGUUAAAGCCAUCCGCCGCUCCCGCAUUGACGGCACCGAGGCCCAGACCCUGGUCACCACGGAGAUCAACCACCCAGAUGGCAUUGCGGUGGAUUGGGUGGCCCGGAAUCUGUACUGGACGGAUACAGGGACUGACCGAAUUGAGGUUACAAGGCUGAACGGAACCUCCCGGCGCAUUCUGAUCUCAGAGAACCUGGAUGAACCAAGGGCCAUUGUGCUGGACCCUGUCCAUGGGUAAGUGUGUCCGUUUAUAGACAAUUUAGAUUCAUGGCUUUUUUCUUUCUUGAUCACAGUAAUCAAUUUGAACUAAUUUCAGCAAAACAUUUGUAUUUCUCCUUCAUUGCCUAUGGGUAAAUCCAUUGGAAUUCAAUAACUUUUUGACAGCAUUCCCUUUGAUUUAAACAAAACCUUCCAUACGCGUUUGCCCAUGGAAGAAGUGGUCAGAAAGUGACUUUGGACCUGAAUGCCAAAACAUUCAGGAGAUAAAGGUGCUCAAAGUUGACCCAUUUUACAUACCUCAUCAUACCAUGAGACAACCAUGUCUUCAUCAAUGGAAAAGAUAAACGGUUGAGUUUAAUAUAAUUUAAAAGCUUAUUAACAGUUUCAAACACAACAUGCUCUUGAAUACAGUGUGGAUGUCAUUUCAAUCAAAUAAAUAUAAUUAAUUGAAUGGACCUGUCCCUUCAGACCACUGCAACUUAGCUGGUAAAUUGAAUCGAAAUUUUAACAUCUAAUUACUACCACAAAGAUGACUACUUGUCCACCCACCGUCGAAUGUAAAUUUAAGUGGUCUUGUCUAUUCUAUUAUCUAUAUUUCUAUGAUUUCAAAAGGUUUCCUAUGGAGGAUUGACAGUAUAAUUUAAAACAACAGAUAUUCCCAUUCAAGUCAACGUUCUCUGUGUGGACCUCCAACCAUCUUUGUGGUACCAUUUUGACAUUUCAAUUUUAUACCCAUUUUAGUACAUUUAUCACCCAAAACAUGACAGCCACCCUCUAUUCAUGAGUAUGUUGUCUCAACCAAUGGCAGGCACAACAUAAAAACCAUAGAUAAUGUCUAAGUUACAACAUCAGUAUACAAAUUUUUUGAUAAUUGACGUUGAAGGUGAAAAAAAUUACAUUUUUAUUUUAAAACAUUAUUUUCCAGAAAUUAUUAAAGAGUUUGACAACCCUGUUUUUGUAAGCUUUUUAAAUUAUAUAAAUCUCAACCGUUUAUCUUUUCCAGUGAUGAAGACAUGGAUGGCUCAAAUUUUAUUUGCCACGUGCAGAAUACAACAGGUGUAGACAUUACAGUGAAAUGCUUACUUACAAGCCCUUAACCAACAAUGCAUUUUUUAAGUUUUAUUUUUUUAAAGUGUUAAGUAAAACAUUUUUAAGCAAAUAACUAAAGAGCAGCAGUAAAAUAAAUUAACAGUAGGGAGGCUAUAUACAGGGGGGUACUGGUGCAGAGUCAAUGUGCGAAGGCACCGGCUAGUCGAGGUAAUUGAGGUAAUAUGUGCAUGUUGGUAGAGUUAAAGUGACUAUGCAUAAAUAAUAAACAGAGUAGCAGCAGGGUAAAAGAGGGGGGUGGGGGGGCAGUGCAAAUAGUCCGGGUAGCCGCUCGGUAUAGAGGUCCUGGAUGGCAGGAAGCUUGGCCCCAGUGAUGUACUGGGCCGUACACACUACCCUCUGUAGUGCCUUGCGGUCGGAGGCCGAGCAGUUGCCAUACCAGGUGGUGACGCAACCAGUCAGGAUGCUCUCGAUGGUGCAGCUGUAGAACAUGCCAAAUCUUUUCAGUCUCCUGAGGGGGAAUAGGCUUUGUCGUGCCCUCUUCACGACUGUCUUGGUGUGUUUGGACCAUGAUAGUUUGUUGGUGAUGUGGACACUAAGGAACUUGAAGCUCUCAACCUGUUCCACUACAGCCCCGUCGAUGAGAAUGGGUGCAUGCUCAGUCCUCUGUUUUUUUCCUGUAGUCCACAAUCAUCUCCUUUGUCUUGAUCACGUUGAGGGAGAGGUUGUUAUCCUGGCACCACAUGGCCAGGUCUCGGACCUCCUCCCUAUAGGCUGUCUCAUCGUUGUUGGUGAUCAGGCCUUAAUGAUGGUGUUGGAGUCGUGCCUGGCCAUGCAGUCAUGGGUGAACAGGGAGUACAGGAGGGGACAGAGUAAGCACCCCUGAGGGGCCCCCGUGUUGAGGAUAAGCGAGGCAGAUGUGUUGUUACCUACCCUUACCACCUGGGGGCGUCCCGUCAGGAAGUCCAGGAUCCAGUUGCAGAGGGAGGUGUUUAGUCACAGGAUCCUUAGCUUAGUGAUGAGCUUUGAGGGCACUAUGGUGUUGAACGCUGAGCUGUAGUCAAUGAACAGCAUUCUCACGUAGGUGUUCCUCUUGUCCAGGUUGGAAAGGGCAGUGUGGAGUGCAAUAGAGAUGGCAUCAUCUGUGGAUCUGUUGGGGCGGUAUGCAAAUUGGAGUGGGUCUAGGGUUUCUGGGAUAAUGGUGUUGAUAUGAGCCAUGACCAGCCUUUCAAAGCACUUCAUGGCUACAGACGUGAGUGCUACGGGUCGGUAGUCAUUUAGGCAGGUUAUCUUAGUGUCGUGGGCACAGGGACUAUGUUUCUGCUUGAAACAUGUUGGUAUUACAGACUCAGUCAGGGACAAGUUGAAAAUGUCAGUGAAGACACAUGCCAGUUGGUCAGCACAUGCUCGGAGUACAUGUCCUGGUAAUCCGUCUGGCCCUGCGGCCUUGUGAAUGUUGACCUGCUUAAAAGUCUUACUCACAUCUGCAACGGAGAGUGUGAUUACAUAGUCAUCCGGAACAGCUGGUGCUCUCAUGCAUGCUUCAGUGUUGCUUGCCUCGAAGCAAGCAUAGAAGUGAUUUAGCUCGUCUGGUAGGCUUGUGUCACUGGACAGCUCAUGGCUGUGCUUCCCUUUUGUAGUCUGUAAUAGUUUUCAAGCCCUGCCACGUCUGACGAGUGUCAGAGCCGGUGUAAUACGAUUCAAUCUUAGUCCGGUAUUGACUCUUUGCCUGUUUGAUGGUUCAUCGGAGGGCAUAGUGGGAUUUCUUAUAAGCGUCCAGGUUAGAGUCCCGCUCCUUGAAAGCGGCAGCUCUACCCUUUAGCUCAGUGCGGAUGUUGCCUGUUAUCCAUGGCUUCUAGUUGGGGUAUGUACGGUCACUGUGGGGACGACGUCAUCAAAGCACUUCUUGAUGAAGCCAGUGACGGAUGUGGUGUACUGCUCAAUGCUAUCUGAAGAAUCCAGGAACAUAUUCCAGUCUGUGCUAGCAAAACAGUCCUGUAGCUUAGCAUCUGCGUCAUCUGACCACUUUUUUAUUGACCGAGUCACUGGUGCUUCCUGCUUUAGUUUUUGCUUAUAAGCAGGAAUCAGGAGGAUAGAGUUAUGGUCAGAUUUGCCAAAUGGAGGGCGAGGGAGAGCUUUGUAUGCGUCUCUGUGUGUGGAGUAAAGGUGUUCUAGAGUUUUUUUCCCUCUGGUUGCACAUUUGGUAGAAUGUGCAACCACUGGUAGAAAUGAGGUAGAACGGAUUUAAGUUUCCCUGCAUUAAAGUCCCCGGCCACUAGGAGUGCUGCCUCUGGAUGAGCGUUUUCCUGUUUACUUAUGGCCUUAUACAGCUCAUUGAGUGCAAUCUUAAUGCCAGCAUCGGUUUGUGGUGAUAGAUAGACAGCUACGAAAAAUUUAGAUGAAAAGUCUCUUGGUAAAUAGUGUGGUCUACAGCUUAUCAUGAGAUACUCUACCUCAGGCGAGCAAAACCUCAAGACUUCCUUAGUAUUAGAUUUUGUGCACCAGCUGUUGUUUAGAAAUAUACACAGACACAGUGGUAUGGUGGUGUAUGCAAAUUAUCUCUUGAACAUUUUGGCAUUCAGGUCCAAAAAGUCACUUUCUGACCACUUCUACAAUGGGCAAAUAUGUAUGGAGGCUUUCGUUCAAAUCAAAAGGGGUGCUGUCAAAAAGAGAUUACAUUCAAAUCGAUUUUCCCUAUGUACUUACCCCAACCUGUUGAAUAAUUUCAGUUCCAUUCUCACUUAAAGCAUUUUUGUUUAGUUUUAAUUCUGUGCUGGUCUCUCUCCACAGUUAUAUGUACUGGACAGACUGGGGGGAGAAGCCUAAGAUAGAGCGUGCUAACCUGGAUGGAAUGGAACGUCUCGUGCUGCUCAAUACCUCGCUGGGUUGGCCCAACGGUUUAGCCAUCGACUAUGAAGCAGGAAAACUGUACUGGGGCGAUGCAAAGACGGACAAAAUUGAGGUAAGUCACAAAAAAGAGGUGUUUCUUAUGCACCAAAUAGUUUUGUAUGGUGCAACUAUAAUAUUCCCAUCAUGGUUUGAUGCUGUUGAUUGUGGAAGCAGUUGAGUUUAGAUCUCCCUAGGACUUGUUGUUCUCUCAUUCAUUCCCCACAUUUGAGGUUGUCUGGUGUGUUUGUGUUGCCUGUGGAUGUUGAGAAGUGCUUCAGGAGCACAUUCUUAGUUGAGGAGAGGCAGCUUUGGCCUGAUAUUUAUCUGACCGUUGAUCCCAUGUGAGCGACAGAGGAAUGUCAGAGAGAGCUCUUAGGUAAUACCGGGACAGGCAACACUAGAUUUCCUGUCAGACACGCACUGCAGUUUUAUCAUUGUUUGUAUUCUUACGGCUAGGACUUUAUACUGUACAUAUUUCCUGAUUGCCUCUGUUUUAAAGCCAACUUUUUUGAAACCCGGAUAUUGCCCAAUAUUGUUAUUUUUGGGGGGCCUUAUACAUGUGAAUGACUGAAUUAUUUGAAGGGACUGUUCUAGGCCCCUCCUAUGUGAGCGCGCGGUGGGUGAUCAUAUCUUUAGAGGAAUAGCUGUGUGCCUUCAAGGUCUCUGACUGUAUUGUAUGAUUUAUCGUCUACCUGCAUGCACAGGUCCCUGGGUGUUGAAUACCACGGUGGCCAUAUUUCUCCAGUCACAUGCUCCAUAUAAUAUGCCGGAGCCGCCUCCCAGAUGAGCUUUAACACAGAGCUUGAUGGGAAUUAGUUUGUUUUCCUUUUCCUUCUCACUCUCGUGUGUGUGUGUCCUGUUGGUUGAAUAUUCCCCUCCUUAUCAUAACUAUGCCUUUACCAGUGGCUAGUGAACUCUGCUUGUUUAGGAGCAGUAUGUCUGGCUGACCCCAUCAGCCUUUGGAAGUUAACUGUUCCCUGGGUUUUCCUAGCUCGCCUCAGUCGCCUAGCACCCUGCAGGGGCAUUGUUCACAGUAUCUGAAAGCAUAAACUACCCCUAGCUCCAGAGAUGUAAGGGCAGCAGGUAAAGGGGGGGCUAGGGAGAAGACAUUCCAUUUAUAGAUGCACUCAAAAACUCUUGGUUGAACUGUACAUCAUUUUGAGCUGCCUAGCUAGAAUGCUCUGAAGCUUGAAGUGUUAAAUUUUCAUUAAGGGGGUCAGACAUGCAGGCUGGGAUGAAAGAGCAGGGAUUAGGGAGCUCCUGCUGAGAUAUUGAGCUCAAUGAGAGGCCACAGACUUGUCCACAUGUCACGAUACCAGAAUUUUGACUUCGGUACCAGUUUUAGUAUCACGAUACUCGAUGCCAUCACGAUACUCUAUAGCAAAACGAUACCACAACAAAAAAAAGGCGUAUUAGCCAGUCACAGAAUGGCACUUGAUCCAGACUGAUAAACUCAGCUACUUCUCUGUUCAAUCGUUGGGCAUCAUUUGAGUUCAAUAGCAUUACAUUUGAACAUUUUUAUGUCGAUUUGUUUUGAGACAGCCGUAUAGCCUAUGCAUUAAUGAAUCAAUUAUACAAUCAAUUUGACGUUGUUUUUACCAACUAACUACAAAACAACAUAAUGGUAAUAAUUUUUUGAAUGGUAAAUCACUAUUGAUAAACUGGGUAAAUCAAGAUGUAGCCUAGGCCUAUUCACAAUAUAGGUGAAUGCAUAUUAUUCAAUAGGAGUGUGUGCAUGCAUUGAGUUAUUGAGCUUGUUUUAGCUGGUUUCAUGGGGCUACAGAUGACAAUCCCUUCCAUUUAAGACAUAUUUUAUUGGCAACUGCUAGGAGAACAUAUUUUAUUGUACUGAUCAACAACAUUUGCAUGGAAGAAACAAUCUCUUAUUUUUGUAAAAGUAUGCGCUGUCUCUUUAAAGAAAGUAAUGACAUCAUUGGCCAGGCAGAAUGUGGCUGUGGAAUCUGACUUUGUGGCUAUGGAAUAGUGGAAACCAGACGGGAGACGAAGAAGUGAAUUUUAUCACAAAGUACUAGGGUAGUGAAUUCGGCUCUAAGCUAGCAAGGAAAGUUGGCUUACAAUAAAGCAAAAAGCUGCCGGUAUUGUCUUGCAUUGUAAAAGUGUUCUAGCCUGUAUGGACAUUGUUUUGCGAAGAGUAAUGAACAGUUUCAACAUUUCUACAUGCCGUGUUGCAUUAUUCAAGUGUGUUAACUUCAGUGCAGCAUGAGUGGGGAGCCAACAUUGCAGCCCAGACAGCUCUAGCAAUGAAUGAGUAAGUUGAGCAGGCACUUAAGAGGCUGCGCUGAUAGACCGACUUGAUCCUCUCAAUCACGUGAGACACAUUAGACAGAAGUACCCGAACAAUACAAAAAUUAUACCACAUGUAAUGUCCCAGUCUCCCUUUUCCCCUCGCCUUAAACCAGGCAUCUGUCCCUCUCUGAGGCUGGGGCUCUUGCUGGGGCUAGUUUUGACUAGUACCAGGCUCCAGCCAGCCUUGGGUUUUGUCCAGGGGGCACAGUGAAAAUAUGUUCUCUCCUGUCUGAUGCAGUUGUCAACUCAGAGCUGUGGGGCAAAGCUUUCCUGAAAAGAGUGACAAUGUUGUCUCAAGAUCCCCACAGUUAAGGGUCCAGCCAGGGCAAACAGAGAAGUAGAAACAGCUCUUUGUCAGAUGAAGAUGUCAAACUUUUAAUCCAUCUGUAUGUGCAGGUCAUGAGGGUGAGGGACGCAUUCUGUGAAUCAUAUUUUUGGGUUGUUCCAAGAUGAAGACUUAAAGUAACUGUCCAGUGUUUCCAGAUUUCUAUGAAAUAUGACCGAUAAUUACUUAUAAUAUGAGUGAAAUUGUUUUCCUUCCAAAACAAUUAAAAGUAAUUAAUUGUGUUAGGUGAGAUGAGGGCAGUGGGAAGGUAGGCCCCUAAAUGGCAGGUAAUCCAGGAAAGAAGACGAGUAGGCGGCCACUACAUUGUAAUAAACUUUUUUGUGAACUAUUAACUGACAAUGUAUACAAAAGAAUACAUACAGGAGCCGAUCAGCUUUGUACAUGAGGACGCACAACUGCAGCGCAGUUGUGCAAUGCUCAUCUGCUGUUAUGUAUUCUUUUGUAUAUAUAAACUGAACAAAAAUAUAAAUGCAACAUGCAACAAUUUCAAAGAUUUUACUGAGUUACAGUUCAUAUAAGGAAAUCAGUAAAUUGAAAUAAAUUCUUCAGGUCCUAAUCUAUGGAUUUCACAUGACUGGGAAUACAGAUAUGCAUCUGUUGGUCACAGAUACCUUAAAAAAAAAAAAAAGUAGGGCCGUGGAUCAGCAAACCAGUCAGUAUCUGGUGUGACAACCAUUUGCCUUAUGCAGCGCGACACAUCUCCUUGCAUAGAGUUGAUCAGGCUGUUGUGGCCUGUGGAAUGUUGUCCCACUCCUCUUCAGUGGCUGUGCGAAGUUGCUGGAUAUUGGCAGGAACUGGAACAAGCUGUCGUACACGUUGAUCCAGAACAUCCCAAACAUACUCAAUGGGUGACAUGUCUGGUGAGUAUGCAAACCAUGGAAGAACUGGGACAUUUUCAGCUUGCGGGAAUUGUGUACGAUCCUUACGACAUGGGGCCGUGCAUUAUCAUGCUGAAACAUGAGGUGAUGAUGGAGGAUGAAUGGCACAACAAAUGGGCCUCAGGAUCUCGUCACGGUAUCUCUGCAUUCAAAUUGCCAUCGAUAAAAUGCAAUUGUGUUUGUUGUCCGUAGCUUAUGCCUGCCCAUACCAUAACCCCACCGCCACCAUGGGGCACUCUGUUCACAAUGUUGACAUCAGCAAACCGCUCGCCCACGAUGCCAUACACGUGGUCUGCGGUUGUGAGGCCAGUUGGACAUGCUUCCAAAUUCUCUAAAACAACAGAGCCGGCUUAUGGUAGAGAAAUUAACAUUCAAUUCUCUGGCAACAGCUCUGGUGGGCAUUCCUGCAAUCAUCAUUCCAAUUGCACGCUCCCUCAAGACUUGAGACAUCUGUGGCAUUGUGUUGUGUGACAAAACGGCACAUUUUAGAGUGGACUUUUAUUGUUCCCAGCACAAGGUACACCUGUGUAAUGUAAUGAUAAUGCUGUUUAGUCAGCUUCUUGAUAUGAAACACAUACUAAUUUUCACAAAGUCUGCUGCCUCAGUUUUGAUGAUGGCAAUUUGCGUAUACUCCAGAAUGUCAUGAAGAGUGAUCAGAUGAAUUGCAAAGUCCCUCUUUGCCAUGAAAAUGAACUUAAUCCCCCAAAAACAUUUCCACUGCAUUUCAGCCCUGCCACAAAAAGCACCAGCUGCCAUCAUGUCAGUGAUUCUAUCGUUAACACGAGGAUCCUGGCGCCGAAGAUGGCGGCCUCGCGACUAGCUCUUAGGAAACUUAGCAGUAUUUUGUUUUUUUAUGUAUUAUUUUUUACAUUAUUAGCUCAGAAAGUGUUUUGCAUAAUUACAUACAGCCGGGAAAAACUAUUGGAUAUCAGAGCGGCGGUAACUUACCAGCAUUACGACCAGGAAUAUGACUUUCCCGAAGCAGAUCCUUUGUUUGCUCUCCCCAGGGCAACUGAACUGAUUCCAGCGGCUGACCCAAAACAUCGCCGACGGAGGAGAGGCACUCGGAGCGGCCUGCUGGUCCGACUUAGGAGGCGCGCACACCACCCACCGCUUCCAAGUAUUCUACUCGCUAAUGUUCAAUCUUUAAUUAACAAAGUCGACGACCUACGGGCAAGGAUUUCUUUCCAGAGAGACAUCAAGGCCUGUAACAUACUAUUUUUCACGGAAACAUGGCUCUCUUGGGAUAUUCAGAUGGGUCCAGCCAGAUGGGUUCUCAGUUCAUCGCGCAGACAGGAAUAAAUAUCUCUCCGGGAAGCAGAAGGGCGGAGGUGUGUGUUUCAUGAUUAACGACUCGUGGUGUAAUUGUAGUAACAUAGAGGAACUCGAGUCCUUCUGUUCACCCGAGCUAGAAUAUCUCACAAUCAAAUGCCGACCGUAUUAUCUCCCAAGAUAAUUUUCUUCGGUUAUAGUCACGGCCGUGUAUAUCCCCCCCUCAAGCCGAUACCACGACGGCCCUCAAAGAACUUCACUGGACCUUAUGCAAACUGGAAACCACAUAUCCUGAGGCUGCAUUUAUUGUAGCCGGAGAUUUUAACAAAGCAAAUUUGAGGACUAGGCUGCCGAAGAUCUAUCAACAUAUCGAUUGUUGUACUCGCGCUGCUAAAAUCCUUGACCAUUGCUAUUCAAACUUCCGGGAUGGUUAUAAGGCCCUCCUUUUGGGAAAUUUGACCAAGACUCCAUUUUGCUUCUCCCUUCCUAUAGGCAGAAACUCAAACAGGAAGUAUCCGUGCUAUGGACUAUUCAACGCUGGUCUGACCAAUCGGAAUCCACGCUUCAAGAUUGUUUUGAUCACGCGGACUGGGAUAUGUUCCGGGUAGCUUCUGAAAAAAUUAUAUAUAUAUAUAUAUAUAUAUAUAUAUAUAUAUAUAUAUAUAUAUAUAUACACACUGAAACAGUGACUGAGUUUAUCAGGAAGUGUAUAGGUGAUGUUGUGCCCACUGUGACUAUUAAAACCUACCCUAACCAGAAACUGUGGAUAGACGGCAGCAUUCGUGCAAAUCUGAAAGCGCGAACCACCGCAUUCAACCAUGGCAAGGUGACUGGGAUUAUGGCUGAAUACAACAGUGUAAAUUUUUUUUUAAACAUUGUAAAGUGGUUAUCCCACUGGCUAUAAGGUGAAUGCACCAAUUUGUAAGUCGCUCUGGAUAAGAGCGUCUGCUAAAUGACGUAAAUGUACUCACUCCGCAAGGCAAUUCAACUGGCAAAACAUCAGUAUAGAGACAAAGUGGAGUCGCAAUUCAACAGCUCAGACAUGAGACGUAUGUGGCAGGGUCUACAGACAAUCAUGGACUACAAAAGGAAAACCAGCCACGUCGCCGACACGACGUCUCGCUUCCAGACAAGCUAAACACCUUCACCCGCUUUGAGGAUAACUGUCACUGACGAGGCCCACUACCAAGGACUGUGGCCUCUCCUUCUCCAUGGCCUACCUGAUUAAGACAUUUAAGCAUGUUAACCCCCGCAAGGCUGCCGGCCCAGACGGCAUCCCUAGCCGCGUCCUCAGAGCAUGUGCAGACCAGCUGGCUGGUGUGUUCAUGGACAUAUUCAAUCUCUCCCUUUCCCAGUCUGCUGUUCCCACAUGCUUCAAGAGGGCCACCAUUGUUCCUGUACCCAAGAAAGCAAAGGUAACUGAACUAAAUGACUAUCGCCCUGUAGCACUCACCUCUAUCAUCACGAAGUGCUUUGAGAGACUAGUCAAGGAUCAUAUCACCUCUACCUUACCUGUCACCCUAGACCCACUUCAAUUUGCUUUCCGCCCCAAUAGAUCCACAGACGAUGCAAUUGCCAUCACACCGCACACUGCCCUAUCCCAUCUGGACAAGAGGAAUACCUAUGUAAGAAUGCUGUUCAUUGACUAUAGCUCAGCAUUCAACACCAUAGUACCCUCCAAGCUCAUCAUUAAGCUCGAGGCCCUGGGUCUGAACCCCGCCAUGUGUAACUGGGUCCUGGACUUCCUGACGGGCCGCCCCCCAGGUGGUGAAGGUAGGAAACAACAUCUCCACUUCGCUGAUCCUCAACACUGGGGCCCCACAAGGGUGCGUGCUCAGCCCCCUCCUGUACUCCCUGUUCACCCAUGACUGCGUGGCGAAGCACGCCUCCAACUCAAUCAUCAAGUGUGCAGACGACACAACAGUAGUAGGCUUGAUUACCAACAAUGACGAGACCGCCUACAGGGAGGAGGUGAGGGCUCUGGGAGUGUGGUGCCAGGAAAAUAACCUCUCACUCAACAUCAACAAAACAAAGGAGAUGAUCGUGGACUUCAGGAAACAGCAGAGGGUGCACCCCCCUAUCCACAUCGACAGGACCGCAGUGGAGAAGGUGGAAAGCUUCAAGUUCCUUGGCGUACACAUCACCGACAAACUGAAAUGGUCCACCCACGCAGACAGUGUGGUGAAGAAGGCGCAACAGAGCCUCUUCAACCUCAGGAGGCAGAAGAAAUGUGGCUUAUCACUUAAAACCCUCACAAACUUUUACAGAUGCACAAUUGAGAGCAUCCUGUUGGGCUGUAUCACCGACUGGUACGACAACUGCACCGCCCGCAACCGCAGGGCUCUACAGAGGGUGGUGCGGUCUGUCGAACGCAUUACCGGGGGCAAACUACCCGCCCUCCAAGACACAUACAGCACCCGAUGUCACAGGAAGGCCAAAAAGAUCAUCAAGGACAUCAACCACCCGAGACACUGCCUGUUCACCCCGCUAUCAUCCAGAAGGCGACGUCAGUACAGGUGCAUCAAAGCUGGGACCGAGAGAAUGAAAAACAGCUUCUGUCUCAAGGCCAUCAGACUGUUAAAUAGCCAUCACUAGCACAUUAGAUGCUGCUGCUGCCUAUUGAAAUCACUGGUCACUUUAAGAAAUGGAACACUAGUCACUUUAAUAAUGUUUACAUAUCUUGCACUACUCAUCUCAUAUGUAUAUACUGCAUUCUAUUCUAUAAUAUUCUUCUGUAUCUUAUUCCAUGCCGCUCUGUCAUUGCUUGUCUAUAUGUAUAUAUUCUGAAAUCCCGUUCCUUACUUUUUUGUGUGUAUUGGGUAUAUGUUGUGAAAUUGUUAGAUAUUACUGCACUGUCGGAGCUAGAAGCACAAGCAUUUCGCUACACCCGCUAUAACAUCUGCUAAACAAGUGUAUGUGACAAAUAACAUUUGAUUUGAACACAGGUGAGAGUGUUGACGAGGACAAGGCUGGAGAUCACGGUCAUGCUGAUUUAGGUUAGAAUAACAGACUGGAAGCUUUAAAAGGAGGGUGGUGCUUGAAAACAUUGUUCUUCCUCUGUUAACCAUGGUUACCUGCAAGGAAAAGACGUGCCGUCAUCAUUGCUUUGCACAAAAAGGGCUUCACAGGCAAGGAUAUUGCUGCUAGUAAGAUUGCACCUAAAUCAACCAUUUAUCGGAUCAUCAAGAACUUCAAGGAGAGAGGUUAAAUUGUUGUGAAGAAGGCGUCAGGGUGCCCAAGAAAGUCCAGCAAGCGCCAGGACCGUCUCCUAAAGUUGAUUCUGCUGUGGGAUCGGGGCACCACCAGUGCAGAGCUUGCUCAGGAAUGGCAGCAGGCAGGUGUGAGUGCAUCUGCACGCACAGUGAGGCGAAGACUUUUGGAGGAUGGCCUGGUGUCAAGAAGGGCAGCAAGGAAGCCACUUCUCUCCAGGAAAAACAGCAGGGACAGACUGAUAUUCUGCAAAAGGUACAGGGAUUGGACUGGGGUAAAGUCAUUUUCUCUGAUGAAUCCCCUUUCCGAUUGUUUGUGGCAUCCGGAAAACACCUUGUCCGGAGAAGACAAGGUGAGCGCUACCAUCAGUCCUGUGUCAUGAGACCAUUCAUGUGUGGGGUUGCUUCUCAACCAAGGGAGUGGGUCACUCACAAUUUUGCCUAAGAACACAGCCAUGAAUAAAGAAUAGUACCAACACAUCCUCUGAGAGCAACUUCUCCCAACCAUCCAAGAACAGUUUGGUGACGACCAAUGCCAUUUCUAGCAUGAUGGAGCACCUUGCCAUAAGGCAAAAGUGAUAACUAAGUGGCUCGGGGAACAAAACAUCGAAAUUUUGGGUCCAUGGCCAGGAAACUCCCCAGACCUUAAUCCCAUUGAGAACUUGUGGUCGAUCCUCAAGAGGCGGGUGGACAAACAAAAACCCAUACAUUUUGACAAACUCCAAGCAUUGAUUAUGCAAGAAUGGGCUGCCAUCAGUCAGGAUGUGGCCCCAGAAGUUAAUUGACAGCGUGCCAGGGCGAAUUGCAGAGGUCUUGAAAAAGAAGGGUCAACACUGCAAAUAUUGACUCUUUGCAUAAACUUAAUGUAAUUGUCAAUAAAAGCCUUUGACACUUAUGGAAUGCUUGUAAUUAUACUUCAGUAUACCAUAGUAGCAUCUGACAAAAAUAUCUAAAAACACUGAAGCAGCGAACUUUGAGAAGACCAAUACUUGUGUCAUUCUCAAAACUUUUGACCACGACUGUAUACAGUUGAAGUCGGAAGUUUACAUACACUUAGGUUGGAGUCAUUAAAACUUGUUUUUCAACCACUCCACAAAUGUAUUGUUAACAAACUAUAGUUUUGGCAAGUCGGUUAGGACAUCUACUUUGCAUGACACAAGUCAUUUUUCCAACAACUGUUUACAGACAGAUUAUUUCACUUAUAAUUCACUGUAUCACAAUUCCAGUGGGUCAGAAGUUUACAUACAGUAAGUUGACUGUGCCUUUAAACAGCUUGGAAAAUUCCAGAAAAUGAUGUCAUGGCUUUAGAAGCUUCUGAUAGGCUAAUUUACAUCAUUUGAGUCAAUUGGAGGUGUACCUGGGGAUGUAUUUCAAGGCCUACCUUCAAACUCAGUGCCUCUGCUUGACAUCAUGGGAAAAUCAAAAGAAAUCAGCCAAGACCUCAGAAAAACAAUUGUAGACCUCCACAAGUUUGGUUCAUCCUUGGGAGCAAUUUCCAAACGCCUGAAGGUACCACGUUAAUCUUUACAAACAAUAGUUCGCAAGUAUAAACACCAUGGGACCACGCAGCCAUCAUACCGCUCAGGAAGGAGACACUUUCUGUCUCCUAGAGAUGAACGUACUUUGGUGCGAAAAGUGCAAAUCAAUCCCAGAACAACAGCAAACGACCUUGUGAAAAUGCUGGAGGAAACGGGUACAAAAGUAUCUAUAUCCACAGUGAAACAAGUCCUAUAUCGACAUAACCUGAAAAGCCGCUCAGCAAGGAAGAAGCCACUGCUCCAAAACCGCCAUAAAAAAGCCAGACUACAGUUUGCAAAUGACAUGGGGACAAAGAUCAUACUUUUUGGAGAAAUGUCCUUUUGGCCUGAUGAAACUAAUAUAUAACACUUUGGCCAUAAUGACCAUUGUUAUGUUUGGAGGAAAAAGGGGGAGCUUGUAAGCCGAAGAACACCAUCCAAACCGUGAAGCACAGGGGUGGCAGCAUCAUGCUGUGGGGGUGCUUUGCUGCAGGAAGGACUGGUGCACUUCACAAAAUAGAUGGCAUCAUGAGGAAGGAAAAUUGUGGAUAUAUUGAAGCAACAUCUCAAGACAUCAGUCAGGAAGUUAAAGUUAAAUUUGUAAGUCGCUCUGGAUAAGAGCGUCUGCUAAAUGACUUAAAUGCAAAUGUAAAGCUUUGUCGCAAAUGGGUCUUCCAAAUGGAAAUGGCCCCAAGCAUACUUCCAAAGUUGUGGCAAAAUGGCUUAAGGACAACAAAGUCAAGGUAUUGGAGUGGCCAUCACAAAGCCCUGACCUCAAUCCUAUAGAAAAUGUGUGGGCAGAACUGAAAAGGCGUGUGCGAGCAAGUAGGCCUACAAACCUGACUCAGUUACACCAGCUCUGUCAGGAGGAAUGGGCCAAAAUUCACCCAAUUUAUUCUGGGAAGCUUGUGGAAGGCUACCUGAAAACGUUUGACCCAAGUUAAACAAUUUAAAGGCAAUGCUACCAAAUACUAAUUUAAUGUAUGUAAACGUCUGAUCCACUGGGAAUGUGAUGAAAGAAAUAAAAGCUGAAAUAAAUCCUUCUCUCUACUAUUAUUCUGACAUUUCACAUUCUUAAAAUAAAAGUGGUGAUCCUAACUGACCUAAGACAGGGAAUUUUUACUAGGAUUAAAAGUCAGGAAUUGUGAAAAACUGAGUUUAAAUGUAUUUGGCUAAGGUGUAUGUAAACUUCCGACUUCGAGCCCUGAAUGCUGACAGCCGUGGUAUGACAAAACAUUUCUUGUUACCACUAAUUACGUUGGUAACCAGUUUAUAAUAGCAAUAAGGCACCUCGGGGGUUUGUGGUGUAUGGCCAAUAUAUCACAGCUAAGGGCUGUAUCCAGGCACUCCGUGUUGCGUCCUGCAUAAGAAUAGCCCUUAGCCGUGGUAUAUUGGCCAUAUACCACACCCCCUCGUGCUUAAUUCUAGUCUUUUUUUUUUCUGGACUACGUUUAUUACUGCACGGUUGGAGCUACAAACACAAACAUUUCGCUGCACCUGCAAAUCUGUUUACGCAAACAAUAAACUUGGAUUUGAUUCAUGAAGGUAAAAUGCGUCGCGCCAAUGCACGAUAGAAAGAAGAAGAAAAAACGUAGCGCCGGUAUUGGGUCAUAUUUUUUAAAUGGUAUGGGCUAGAAUCAAGCCGUUUCUCUGAGGAAAAGAGGGAGUCUUGGCUACAGAACCUGGCUAUGAAAUGCAGUGGGGAAAGUGGGAGGGUUGAGUGAGACCACAAAUUCAAAUAGACUACUUUCCUAUACUCAAGGGGGGAGAAAAACAAAUAAAGCUAGACUGUUUUACUAUUAAACUCAAUGCUGCUAUUGUUUUUUUAUUUAGUAAAGCAGCUUGUUUUUCUUAACCAGGCAAAGGGUAGCAAACUAGAAGGCUGGUGGUGACUGGUUAGCUACGGGGAAGCAAGAGAGUCGCCUGCGCGAUGUGUAUAAUCGGAGCCCGGAGCAGAGCCUGUCUGCCCACACUCAUUGCUUGCUCCCCCGCAGCUCACCAGCUGUUGUAGGCUAUGUGUGCUGGGUGUGGUGCAUCCUUCCUACUGCUGAACAGAACUGCGCUGCGCUUCUGUGCUGCUAAUAUUAAUUGAAGUUAUCAUUGAAAAGCGCUCAAUCUCUCCAAAAAGUAUUGUCCAGUUCACUUAGUCAGAUUUUAGUCAUAGAGAUAAUUUAGUCUGGUUUUUGUCAACUAAAUGAAAAAUACAGGUUGUUUAGUUAUAGUUUUUUCUGGGUCUAUUUAGUUAGUUAUAGUGUCGUCAAUUGCCACAAAAAAAAUAGGUAUUUGACGAAUAUUUUAGGGUGUAUGAUUUUGAUCCCCUCUUUGUUCAUGGACACAUAAUUCAAUUUCUGUUAGUCUGUGGAACUUGUUCAGUUUAUGUCUGUUGUUGAAUCUUAUGUUCAUACAAAUAUUUACACAUGUUAAGUUUGCUGAAAAUAAACACAGUUGACAGUGAGAGGACAUUUCUUUUUUUUGCUGAGUUUAUAUGUAUGUAUACAUACAUACAUACAUACAUACAUACAUACAUACAUACAUACAUACAUACAUACAUACAUACAUACAGUGAGGGAAAAAAGUAUUUGAUCCCCUGCUGAUUUUGUACGUUUGCCCACUGACAAAGAAAUGAUCAGUCUAUAAUUUUAAUGGUAGGUUUAUUUGAACAGUGAGAGACAGAAUAACAAAAAAAAUAUCCAGAAAUACGCAUGUCAAAAAUGUUAUAAUUUGAUUUGCAUUUUAAUGAGGGAAAUAAGUAUUUGACCCCUCUGCAAUACAUGACUUAGUACUUGGUGGCAAAACCCUUGUUGGCAAUCACAGAGGUCAGACAUUUCUUGUAGUUGGCCACCAGGUUUGCACACAUCUCAGGAGGGAUUUUGGCCCACUCCUCUUUGCAGAUCUUCUCCAAGUCAAGGUUUUGAGGCUGACGUUUGGCAACUCGAACCUUCAGCUCCCUCCACAGAUUUUCUAUGGGAUUAAGGUCUGGAGACUGGCUAGGCCACUCCAGGACCUUAAUGUGCUUUAUCUUGCGCCACACCUUUGUUGCCUUGGCUGUGUGUUUUGGGUCAUUGUCAUGCUGGAAUACCCAUCCAUGACCCAUUUUCAAUGCCCUGGCUGAGGAAGGAGUGUUGACGGUGGGGAUGGUGUUCUUGGGGUCAUAGGCAGCAUUCUUCCUCCUCCAAACACGGCGCGAGUUGAGUUGAUGCCAAGGUGCUCCAUUUUGGUCUCAUCUAACCACAACACUUUCACCCAGUUGUCCUCUGAAUCAAACUUCAGACGGGCCUGUAUAUGUGCUUUCUUGAGCAGGGGGACCUUGCGGGCGCUGCUGGAUUUCAGUCCUUCACGGCGUAGUGUGUUACCAAUUGUUUUCUUGGUGACUAUGGUCCCAGCUGCCUUGAGAUCAUUGACAAGAUCCUCCCGUGUAGUUCUGGGCUGAUUCCUCACCGUUCUUAUGAUCAUUGCAACUCCACGAGGUGAGAUCUUGCAUGGAGCCCCAGGCCGAGAGAGAUUGAAGGUUAUUUUGUGUUUCUUCCAUUGGCGAAUAAUUGCACCAACUGUUGUCACCUUCUCACCAAGCUGCUUGGCGAUGGUCUUGUAGCCCAUUCCAGCCUUGUGUAGGUCUACAAUCUUGUCCCUGACAUCCUUGGAGAGCUCUUUGGUCUUGGCCAUGGUGGAGAGUUUGGAAUCUGAUUGAUUGAUUGCUUCUGUGGACAGGUGUCUUUUAUACAGGUAACAAGCUGAGAUUAGGAGCACUCCCUUUAAGAGUGUGCUCCUAAUCUCAGCUCGUUACCUGUAUAAAAGACACCUGGGAGCCAGAAAUCUUUCUGAUUGAGAGGGGGUCAAAUACUCUAUUCAACUCUUAAAUCAAUUUAUAACAUUUUUGACAUGCGUUUUUCUGGAUUUUUGUUGUUGUUAUUCUGUCUCUCACUGUUCAAAUAAACCUACCAUUAAAAUUAUAGACUGAUCAUUUCUUUGUCAGUGGGCAAACGUACAAAAUCAGCAGGGGAUCAAAUACUUUUUUCCCUCACCGUACAUACACUGUUAAAUAAAGGGAACACUAAAAUAACACAUCCUAGAUCUGAAUGAAUGAAAUAAUCUUAUUAAAUACUUUUUUCUUUACAUAGUUGAAUGUGCUGACACAAAAUCACACAAAUUAUCAAUGGAAAUCAAAUUUAUCAACCCAUGGAGGUCUGGAUUUGGAGUCACCCUCAAAAUUAAAGUGGAAAACCACACUACAGGCUGAUCCAACUUUGAUGUAAUGUCCUUAAAACAAGUCAAAAUAAGGCUCAGUAGUGUGUGUGGCCUCCACGUGCCUGUAUGACCUCCCUACAACGCCUGGGCAUGCUCCUGAUGAGGUGGCGGAUGGUCUCCUGAGGGAUCUCCUCCCAGACCUGGACUAAAGCAUCCGCCAACUCCUGGACAGUCUGGUGCAAUGUGGCGUUGGUGGAUGGAGCGAGACAUGAUGUCCCAGAUGUGCUCAAUUGGACGCGUCUCCUUCCUGACCGGUAUGACGGCUGCGUGGUCCCAUGGUGUUAUUAAUUGCAUAUUAUUGUUUGUACAGAUGAACGUGGUACCUUCAGGCGUUUGGAAAUUGCUCCCAAGGAUGAACCAAACAUGUGGAGGUCUACAAUUGUUUUUCUGAGGUCUUGGCUAGUUUGUUAACAAGACAUUUGUGGAGUGGUUGAAAAACUAGUUUUAAUGACUCCAACCUAAGUGUAUGUAAACGUCUGACUUCAACUGUACAUACAUACAUACAUACAUACAUACAUACAUACAUACAUACAUAUAUACACACAUAUUUGCGAGGGAAAAAAAACAUAUAUAUAUAAUUGUGUGAGAACACCAACAUACAGUAUUUGGUGAGAAUCACAACACAGGGUAAAAAAAUCAAUUCCAGCAAUAGCGUACAUUAGAUGUACAAUUUGAAAUUGCAGCAUUAGUUAAUCUGCAGUUAUUCUUCUAUUUAUUAUGUUACCAAUCAUAUUUAUAUGUUAAUAGUGCCUUCUGAUUACAAUUAUUGUCUACAUUUUUUACAAAAUGCAAUUUAUUAGCUUCCAAAAUGUAACUAGGUAUAUCUAGCUGUCCAAUAACACAUUGAUGGAAUGGCUUGUCCUGCACUUUGUAAAAACCCAGAGUGCAUUGAGUGAAUGUUGGGAAAAGAUCUUGGUUCCUUUCUAAACAUAGCAAUGUGAAUGCAAAAAGGAUUCGGACCACAGAAUAUGUGAAGUGAACUAGCAAAAGAGUUGAGUCCUCAUCCAAAUACAAGGGCAGUGUGAAUACAAAGGAAACUUAGUUAUUUAUCAGUGAGGGGAACGGCACCUCCGUACCUUCAGGCUCUAAUCAGUCCCUACACCCAAACGAGGGCAUUGCGUUCAUCCACCUCUGGCCUGCUGGCUCCCCUUCCUCUGCGGAAGCAUAGUUCCCGCUCAGCCCAGUCAAAACUGUUCGCUGCUCUGGCACCCCAAUGGUGGAACAAGCUCCCUCACGACGCCAGGACAGCGUAGUCACUCACCACCUUCCGGAGACAUUUGAAACCCCACCUCUUUAAGGAAUACCUGGGAUAGGAUGAAGUAAUCCUUCUACCCCCCCCCCCCCCAAAAUAAAUAAAUAAAUAAAUAAAUAAAUAAAUAAAUAAAAAAUAAAGAAAUAUUGUAAAUUGGUUAACCCACUGGCUAUAGGGUGAAUGCACCAAUUUGUAAGUCGCUCUGGAUAAGAGCGUCUGCUAAAUGACUUAAAUGUAAAUGUAUAUUUAGCUUUUUUUUACCCCAGCGAUCACAUUAGAGGACUGAGAUCUGUUGUUUUAAAGAGCACUAUAUGUGAACUCCCGUAGUCACUAUUUUUGUUGACGGAAUUAACAUUUGUUGGAAUGUUGUGUGCGUAUCCCAACAACAGAAUGGUGUGGGCGUAUACUGGGCAUUACAAAUAUUCAGUACCUGUCCAGUGAGAUUUUCACUGGACAGGUACUUUAAAUCGAAGUGAUAACCUGUUAAUUUAAGUGCCACAUUUCUAUAAGCAUCACACACUAGUGUUGCCAGAAAUCUUAUAUUCCUUAACUUUCUGGCUGGUGAAGACAGAGUUGUUUAUUUCGUCUGUAGUCUGGAGCCUGCAGCCCAGAGCCCCCCUGCCUGACUCUCUGUGUAGAGCAGAUGGAGGAGAAACAGAAACCGAGCAGGAGUAGUGGUGGAGCUCUUCAGGGAGGAGGGGGUUUGGCAGCACUGCCUCUCCUCUCACAGCACAGCACACCUAACCAAUGUGCUGACUGA